ACAGACGCGCGCACGCUCACGCACCGGUCACUUGUGUUGUCAAACGCAGUCAAGUAUGGCAUUGCGCUUUAGCGAUUUCUACAACAUGAACAGAAAUCUUAAACUGGAUUAUACUUAUUGAACUACCUCGGUUUCGUGGAAUAAGUGGCUUUAAGCGUUUAAUCGAUCUUACUACGUAUUGGUUUCCAUGUGAUGUUUCUGGCUUUAAGGAUGGCUUACAUUCAAUAUACACGCUGCUCUAGCAUGCUCAAUAGCAUAGGACUUUAAAAACAACUCAAAUACAAAUUAAAAGCUCAAUGUGCUAAAUGUUUUGUCCAUAUUUAAAAAAAAUAAUAAGUUAGACCAAAAGCCAAAUCCUUGGCUUUGUGAACCGAGAGAACCAUGGCAUUGUGAAUCCAGAUUGUAACACACUUCUGGGAGCUGGACAAGAGCCAUGGGCAAGGAGCAGGACCUUCUUCUGGCUGUGAAGAAUGGAGACCUUCCCUUAGCUCAUAAACUUCUGGCCAAGAUCAAGACCAACCGAAAUAAGUUACUGGGCUCCACAAAGAGGCUGAAUGUGAACUACCAAGAUCAAGAUGGUUUUUCAGCUCUUCAUCAUGCGGCUCUCACUGGCACCACUGACCUCUUGUCUCUGCUGUUGGAGGCACAGGCCACUGUGGACAUCAAAGACAGUAACGGUAUGCGUCCAUUGCACUAUGCUGCCUGGCAGGGGAAGGCCGAGACUGUACUAAUGCUUCUGAGAGCUGGAGCUUCUGUAAAUGGGGCUUCACACGAUGGACAGAUCCCUCUCCACCUGGCUGCACAGUACGGACACCAUGAGGUGUCUGAAAUGCUACUACAACACCAGUCCAACCCCUGUACUGUCAACAACGUGAAGAAGACCCCUCUGGAUCUGGCCUGUGAGUUUGGCAGACUCAAGGUGACCCAGCUGUUGUUGAGCAGUAACAUGGUGGUAGCUCUCUUAGAAGGAAAUGGCAGAGAUAACACCCCCCUGCAUCUGGCUGCCCGCAAUGGCCAUAAGGACAUCAUCAGAUUGCUGUUAAAAGCUGGGAUUGACAUAAACAGAACCACUAAAUCCGGGACAGCUCUGCACGAGGCUGCCCUCUACGGGAAAACGGAAGUAGUAAAAUUACUGCUUGAUACUGGGAUUGAUGUGAACCACCGCAACACCUACAAUCAAACAGCCCUGGAUAUUGUGAACCAGUUCACCACUUCACAUGCCAGCAAAGAAAUCAAACAACUCCUAAGAGACGCCAGUGGAGCAUUGCAGGUGAGAGCUUUGAAGGACUACUGGAAUCUCCAUGACCCCACUGCACUCAACAUCCGGGCAGGAGAUGUAAUCAUGGUCUUAGAGCAGCACAUGGAUGGUCGUUGGAAAGGGCACAUCCAUGACAGUCAGAGAGGCACUGACCGUGUGGGAUUCUUUCCUCCCUCCAUCGUGGAGGUUAUUAGUCGCAGAUCAGGGGGCGUUCUCUCACGGCAGGCCUCACUGCCCAGCCAGAGACAUCAUAUUCUGUCCCGAGCCCUGCCCUCACACAGUUCUCAUCACACCUCUCACACUGAUGACUCCUACACCUUAUACUCAUCCACCCGUCCUGUACUGACUCACCACAACGGGCUGGAUCAACACUCAGGUGUGCUUCCCGACAGUCCCAGUGCCCUGUGUAAGCCAGCUAGUCCCAAAGAGCCAGAGGAUAUUUGGGUCCUCAGGACCUCUCCAAAUGCAGGUGACAGGAACAGUGUGGGGAGUGCAGGCAGCAUGGGCAGCAGUCGCAGUGCUGGCAGUGGACAGAGCACUGAGGGAAACUUUCCUCACAAUCAGUCAACUUCUGUUGUCCAGGACACCACCAAGCUGCCUCCCUCUGCUGGUGAACUGGUGGAACAGUGCAGUCGCGCUCACGACCCCGCAAAACACACGGAACCUUACUCAGGUGCUCUUGGACGGAGGAUUCCACUGAGCAGCUCCAGACCUGGAGAACAACAUGUCAUCCAUCCACAGCAACUUUUAGAUGGCAGGGAUGCUGAGGCAAUUUACCAGUGGCUCUGUGAGUUUCAGCUUGAGCAGUACACAUCGAAUUUCCUCACAGCUGGUUAUGAUGUGCCCACAAUCAGCAGAAUGACCCCUGAGGAUCUCACUGCUAUUGGCGUUACAAAGCCUGGCCACCGCAAGAAGAUCUCUAUGGAGAUCAGCAACUUGAAUAUCCCAGAGUGGUUGCCGGAUUACAUUCCAUCUGAUAUUGCAAAAUGGCUCAGUGCUAUUGGGCUGCCACAGUACCAGAAAAAUCUAGCAGAGAAUGGAUAUGACUCCAUCAGCAUAGUGCAAGAUAUCACAUGGGAGGAUCUACAGGAAAUUGGCAUCAUUAAGCUGGGGCAUCAGAAGAAGCUGAUGCUUGCUGUAAAGAAGCUCAGUGAUGUACAGAAGGCUCGUAAGAACCAGGCCGAGGGACAGGCGAUGCUACAGCGCCGGAGAGUUCCCCCUACCCUCGAGCUGGUGGCCAUCGAGCACCACGACAGCUCCGACUGCCCAUCGUCCCCUCUGUCACCAAAGAUGCUCACUUUCCAGGACAGCGAGCUGAGCGCUGAGCUACAAAACGCCAUGGCUCGGAGCGGAUACAGUGGAGGCCAAGAUGGUCUCAGCAACGUGAGUGGAACGGCCAUGCGUCUUAGUCAAGAAAGCAUUGGUACACGGUCAGGAGGGUCAGGGCGGUCGCAAGAACGCCCAAUGGCGUCGAUAACCCCCCACAGCCGCUCACAAGAGAGUCUGGGCAGUUUGGACAGCAGUCCCAGCAAGGAACAAAAUGCCAUCAUGGAAUCUCAGGAUAGAAGCCAAAUAUCACCAAUCAAAAUUGCGCCGGUGUUGCCGCUACAACCUAAUCACCCCUUAUCUGGCAGUCCAGCAAGGACACCACCCAUAAUCACUAGUAAAAUAGCACGCUUUGCAUACCCACCUAUCCUCACCAAACCCAGACCAGUGGUUUCUCCUUCUCAGCCCCAUCAUGGAUCACCUCUUCAGAGGGCCUUCGGCUAUCUGUCGCAUCAAAAAUGCAACCCCAACUUGGGAAGCCCAGGUCCAAUCAGACCCCAGCAGCCAAACGGAGACACUCCCCGGUCCAAAAAGCGAACUCAAAGUCUUUCACGCUAUGCUAUGUCGGAUGGAGAGAACGAUGAAGACGACAUCUCAGCCCCUAUGACAACUUCUGCCAAUGUGGCAUCUUAUGCCACGCUUACUCGCAAACCCGGCCGCAGCCAACCGUCUUACGCCAGUGAGCGUCAAGUGGGCCGCAGUCAUUCCUUCGCCAUACGUGCCAAGAGGAAAGGUCCUCCUCCUCCCCCUCCAAAGCGACUAAGCUCUGCCCCGAGUGGGGUAGCUACAAGCGGGGUUGAAACGGAGAGUGCAGGAAGUGUCCGCAGCAUUGCAGCCAGGCUGGAGAACAAUAAAGGAAGCCCCAAUAAGACAUGCAACAGCCCCGUUUUUAAAGCCAUGACGCCAGCCACCCCACCAAAAAAUAUGGGCAACCGUAGGAAGACCGCUAGUGAAUCUUCAACGUAUAAAACGAAGCAUGGCGAAGAAAAUCCUGCAGAUGAAAACAUCGGCCCUCUGAGGAACCAGCAAUGUGCAGGUUCAACAUCCUCACAGGAGAGCAUACCGUUCGCCGAAGAGGGCAAAGUUACCAUCAAACAAAGGACCAAAAUAGCACCUGCUAAGAUAGAGUGUGAGGCCGGUGUUGAAAUUCUGAAGCCGGCACAAUUCAUCAAAUCCUCCCUAGAGGUGCAUGAGUUUAACUUAAAGGAAUCAGACACGGUCAAAAGAAGACACAAGCCAAAGGAACUGGAGAUGAUAGGUCAGGGCACCAGCACGCAAAUAGGAAAUGAGAGGGCCACAGGGACCAAGAUAGUCUCGCAACGCAUGCAGAAUGGUGGAUUGACAAAAAAUCCUUUUAAAUCUGGCCUCUCUCCAAAACCAGGCUCUCCACAUAAACCUCCCACCCCUUCUAAGCCCACACGCCAUUCUACUGCAGCAACCUCAGGAGUGACAGUCAAUGUCGCCCAGAGCUUGGCCUUUGCCGUUUCACCUCCCUGCAGUCCUCUAGCUCACAGUCCCUCAAGCAAAGCACCUCAAGGUCAGGCUGCAGGAAAGCCACAGGCUGUGACCGAAGGCCAGGACGUGUUGGUCAACAAACGCCUUGAACAAACUAGCACGUCUCUCGAGGCAGCCCUUAAAGUUGUAGAGAGAAAGUUGGCUCAGGAAGAUCCAGCAGAAAGGGGCAUUAACACAGUGAAGUCAGCUGGGAACAUUCUUGAUGAUAUAGGAAACAUGUUCGAUGAUCUUGCUGACCAGCUGGAAGCCAUGUUGGAUUGACCUACUGCAACUCCUUGCAUGGGGCCUUCACAUGCGAUCUUCUGGAUGAUUUCUCACACUUUGUUUACAACACACCUUGGUGGUCCAGCUUACAAGUAUUGGUUUUAACAGUGGAUCCUGCCUCAAAAUAUCCACGUUCACAUCUGUAAUCUUAUCCCAAAAUGUUGCUUUCUGCAUCUUUGGUUUGCUUGGACAGGAUACAGUACCUGCAGUGAAGAUUUCAGAAUGUAAGCACUUAUGGUUCAGAUCUACUGUAGUAAAGCUCUUCCAACAGAGACCAUUUUAAUUUCCUGUUGUGCUCAGAUCAAGACUCACAGUUGGCCUCUAGCAAAUGGAUAUACGGUGUAAAAUCUAAGUGAGAUACUACCAGAACUCUGUUUCAAGUGCUCUGAGACUCAUCACUCUUCAAUUUUGUUUUCUGUAGACUGGAGAAUCCUUUAUUCGGUUCAAAAGUAAGCAAUAAUACAACUGAUCAAAACAUAACUAAUCAUCAUCGUGUAAUGAAUGACCCAAACCUCAUGGACCAAGUAUGUUUUGCUAUAGUGAAACUUUAUGUCCUGCCAACAAGAUUCAGUGUUGUACAGUAUAUUUGUAGUUGCACUGUAAAUUGUCUGUUUAAACCUUUACUUAACUAGAUCUUAAAAUGUUAAGAAAAUGACACUUCUUAACAAAAUAAUAGAGCCAUAGUAUAUUUUGACAACCGUUGUGUUUAGGGAAAGAGAAAACAUUGUAUGCAUUACAUCUAUUACAUAUUUUUGUACCAGAACGAUAAUUUAUUUGCUUUGCAAGUUAAAAAGGGACAGUCCCUUUUUGUAAAUGCUGUCAUUCUGCAAAGCACUAUUUUUUUGGCUCAGGCUGACCAAAAGGGAACUUGCAUUUUAAUAAACUGGGGCCCCUGUGGUUAAAACACAAAAAUAUCAUCAAGCUAGAGGACGAGAAGUGUUCAAGUGGAGCUUUAAAGUCUCAAACGGCUAUUCACUUCUGUGAAUCUUGUGCACUUUUACAAUUUUUAGUGUAUGUACUAUGUAUAUUUUAUUGUAUCGAUUUAUUUCUGCAUGUACUGUACACUGGUAAAACAACCAGUACUUGACUGAAAGAGACUUUCUCUAACUGUCUGUCAUUUUUUAAAAAUCUGCAAGAAGACCAGAACAUCCUGUUCUUGCAUGUUUUUUCCUUAUAAGUGGCAAUCUGGAAUUUUAGAUUUUGCAUAUGAUGUGGCAUAAUGAUAUUUUAAUG